AUGAGCAACAACCCCUUCUACAACAACGACCCUUUCAACGUCACCGGUCUCGGCCACGGCGCAGACUGGGGUACCAGACGCCCCUACGACGCACGCUCACACUCAGCCUGGGGCCCCGGCAGCAGCAGUCUCCAAAGUUCAUCUAUUCCUUACCAUACAUCCUCAGACAUGCGAUACUUGGGUCCGUAUAUGUCAUAUCCUUUGGAUCCAGACUCACCGCGCGGAGGCUCUUGGUAUGGCCCGUAUGGGGGAUCGCGAUGGGGCGGAGGCGGUCGGAAUGUAAGGUCCCCAUUUCCACCGCGAGGCCCGGGAUACUAUGAUGAUUUUGAAGAAUAUGGAGGAGAGCAAUACGGCGGAGGCGGUUGGGGUGGGCGGUCUCGGUCGGGCUCUCCGCCGCGAGGCCCGGGUUACUAUGAUGAUUUCGAUGAAUGGUGCCAAGCGGUCCGCAUCGACAACCGCAUCGAGGUAUCCGGCCAAGGCGGCUGGGAUUGCACGACCGAGGAGUAUCCAGAAGAACUUUCGAAGGAGGUUGACCAAGCUUUCGACAACGUCCAACGUGCCAUUCGCCAGGCUGGUGGGGAGGGCUGGGACCAGGUCUACAAAACGCGCUUCUACGUUACCGUACCGAUUGAUAAGAUUGCGGAGCCGAUCAUCCGGAAUAUGAAGGAAAGAUGCAAGAACCACGGGCCUCUCAUGACGGUGGUGCAGGUUGUUGCUUUGUAUAAGACGAUGAAGAUUGAGAUAGAAGCGGAGGCGCACUUGGGGUGA